AUGAUGUCGAGUGCUGACAUUAGCAAUCCAUUUAUAAUGCUCUUCAUGGCUUCAUUUUUACAUGGUAUUGCUGAACCAGCUGCUGAGCGGUGCGCAGGUCGUGGAGGGAUUGGUUGUCGUACUACAAUAGUCGACUCGUCGGUUAUGAUGGGAGCAGCGCUACUUGUCACUGUAUCGUUCUGUGUAGCCUAUCUUCAUUGUUUUAAAUUUCUAGGUGUAUUAGAUGUGACAGGCGAGAAAAUGGCAUCAGGAAAGCCUUUGCUGGACUUUGAUCCAUAUGAAAUACUGUAUUUGGAAAGAGGCUGCACUGACGCAGAAAUUGUGAAAGCGUUCCGGAGAGCAGCACUAAAAUGGCAUCCCGACAAGAAUCCGGAUCGCAUCCAGACUGCACAGGAUAUGUUCCUGAAAAUAUCGAAGGCAUUCGCGCUGCUGUCGGAUGUGACAGCUCGGGCUGCUUACGAUCAUGUUCUGGCAGCCAAAGCAGCGCGUGAAGCCUAUGUCCAACAAAGACAACGAAAUGAGAACGAAAAACAAAACGCUUCACGUUUUGGUUCUUUUGGAUUUCAGAUCGAGCGUUUACGAAGAGAAGGUUCGAAAUUGCUGCAGCGCGAAAGGGAAAAUGUUGAGCGCGAAGUCCACAGAGACACUUCGACGAAGCAGGGCUGCGCUAAUGACUCGCCAUUUACCCGCUAUAAACUACGAUGGGAACGGGAAGUGAGUGAGCGGGAUUAUUGUGAAGAAGAUAUCCGCCAGUUAUUUUCUAAGGUAUGUCUAUCUGUCCUCCAGUUUGAGCAGAGAGGGGCAGUUGUCUCUAAAGUGAUUAAUCUGUUCGCUUGCCUCCGAGUUUGCUAA